GAUCUUUUUUUUUUUUGUUACUUCAUUUUAUGCAACAAUCACCUCCUCAACCUGAAUAUAUCUUUCGUGGUCAUCAAGACGAUGUUAAUAAUGUACACUUUUUUAAUGAUGACAAAUAUAUUAUUUCUUGUGAUGCAAGUGGUAUAAUUAUUGUCUGGUUAUUUCAAACAAGAAGGCCUCUUUUCCAAUGGAAAGCACACUCAGCACCUUGUUUAAGUGUUCAUGUGUAUGACCAAGAUAAAGUAGUAAGUCAGGGUCGUGACAAUAUGAUCCAUGUAUGGCAACUUGAUUUUAAUUCUAAUGAUUCACCACGAUUGGUUGAUUCAUUACCCUAUGAUUCCAUUACUUAUUGUCAAUUAUCACUCACAAAAACCAAUGGUGACACAAUGAUCUGUUUCCCUUCAAUAGCAAGCCCUUUUCAGAUGGAUAUCUACAACCUUACAAAACGAACAUGGGUAAUUCAAAAUAUUGGUGAUCAAAAUAAUGAACAAAGACGAAUUUGUAUGGCUUUACAAUUUAUGGAACAAAAAUACCCAAUUAUCGAUAUUUUAGCAGGCUACGAAAAUGGUACGAUGGUAUUAUGGCAAUGUCAUUUAGAGACAAAGAAUGUCCGAUUAGUAUGGCAGAUGCAUUGUCACGAAAAACCAGUAUUAUGUUUGAUAGGAUCAGUCAUAGAAGGCUAUGCAUUAUCAGGAUCACUCGAUAAUCAAGUAAUAAAAUACGAUUUAACAAAUGGACAAAUCAUCAAGAAAAUCAAAACAAAGAAAUCAGGGACAGCAAGUGUAGCCUUAAGAAAAGAUAAUAAGAUUUGGGCUACUGGUGGUUAUGAUGGAAACAUUCGAGUUUACUCUGUCAAAACAAUGAAACCUUUGGCAAUCUUAUCAUAUCAUCGUGAUAGUGUAUAUUAUGUGGAUUUUGCUAAAAGUUGGAUGAUAGGUCAAGAUAAUGAGCAACAUUGGUUAGUAGGUUGUUCGAAGGAUCACCGCAUCAGUUUAUGGCAAAUUUAUUGAAGUUCCGCUGAUAAGGAUAACGUAUUGAUAGAUAGAUGCUGUAGAUAGAUGAAUAGACUAUAUGUUUAUUGAAAGUUUUUAUUUUUAUUUUUUUUUUAUUUGUUUGUAUCUUACUUUUCUUUUUCUCGAAUGAAUUACAGUAUGUUGAUCAUAUACCAUUAUGAAAUAAAGAAUUUUA